GAUCCUGCUGACUGUUGUUGAUGCCUGAAGUUGCUGUUGUUGGGGCGCUGUGUUGCUCUUAUUUGCUCCUGACAUUGAACACAUUUUAAACCCGAGCAAGGGACACGCCGGGCAUUUAGCAUUAACCGUCGGACGAGCUUCUAAUUGACAAGGGAAGCGUCUCGCAGCGAAGACUUUGAAUUUGCGCACUAGCUGCUGAAAAGCUAGCACCAAAGCGUGAAGCUCGGGUGAGAGGAAGAAAGAAAGACAGUCGACAGCUCUACGUGCUUUGUUUACGUCGUGCCAGUCUGAAUCGCAAUCUUUUUUUUUCUUUGUCUUGAAUGUGGAUUUUGUUUCCUCACGUAGACUAUUUACGUGUAUACUUCAUUACCUGUACACUAAUGGCAGCUAGCUCAUCAGCUAACGUUAGCUCAUAGCGCAAAGAAACAGUGUUGUUGUCGAGCGCCGAUGCUUUCGUAACCGCCCGCCUGUGACAGAUAACAACAGCAAACACUGACAAUAUUCAGGCCCAGAGAAACUGUUGUCGUGCCUCUAUUUUCCAGCUUUUUGGCCCUGAAUCAGGUGAUGUGUUGGAGUCACAGGGCAGCACGGUAACCAGACAAGUGGAUGUUAAAUAAGAGCCCUUAGCAGAUCUUUGUGAUUAAUGAACACGUCUGUAUUAGCUGUUUAUUUAUUCCCGGUUUCGAGGGGAUUGAGAUUUUUUUUAUCCGUAUCGAUUUUAAGCCACGCCAACAAGUAAUAGGUAAACUGUCAGCUGGCCUUGUUCAUUUAAGGUUGCCUGGCAGGUUGCGUAAUUUGUUUUCGUACAAGCUGUCAGUCUUUGCUGGGUGACUUUUUUUUUUCUUCAAACUUAUGCAUUUAUUACGUGGCUCUGUGGAUGUCACUUUAAAUAUUAAAAACACUUGUGUCACUUAUGACGUGUGAGCAAGUGACCACUUUCUACCAUAUAUGUAUUAGUUGUUUGAUGCUCAGAUUUAGAACAAAAUACUCAAUAUAGUUAUGAAUUAGAGUAGACAUCUUAAAUUAUUGUGAGACUGUUUUGUGAUCAGGGAGAGACAGGCGAGGAAAAAGGGUACCUCAUAGGGGCCCAUUGUGUCUUGAGGUGAGGUGAGCUGCCCCCCACUACUUGCCAAUGCUGGAUCUGGAGGUGGUGCCUGAGAGAUCACUAGGAAAUGAGCAAUGGGAAUUUGCCUUAGGGAUGCCAUUGGCCCAGGCCAUCUCUAUUCUGCAGAAACACUGCCGCAUCAUCAAAAAUGUCCAGGUGCUAUACAGUGAACAGACACCACUCAGCCAUGACCUCAUACUGAAUUUGACUCAGGAUGGGAUUAAACUGCUGUUUGAUGCCACAAAUCAGAGACUCAAGGUGAUUGAAGUGUAUGACCUGAGCAAAGUCAAGUUGAAAUAUUGUGGAGUCCAUUUCAACUCUCAGGCCAUUGCCCCCACAAUAGAGCAAAUUGACCAGUCAUUUGGAGCUACGCACCCUGGAGUUUACAAUGCUGCAGAGCAGUUGUUCCAUCUCAACUUUCGAGGCCUGUCCUUCUCCUUCCAACUGGACUCGUGGAAUGAAGCUCCAAAAUACGAGCCUAACUUUGCCAUGGGUUUGGCCUCCCUGCAGAUUCCACAUGGGGCCAUGGUCAAGAGGAUGCACAUAUACACUGGCAACAACCUGCAAGAAACAAGAGCUCCAGCGAUGCCGUUGGCUUGUUUCCUUGGCAACAUCUUUGCAGAGUGUGUAGAUGUCCUGAGAGACCGGGCAGGAGCGUUGGGGCUCAAACUCCGCCUUCUCACUGCAGGCUGUGGUCCAGGUGGGAUGGCAGAUUCCAAAGUGAGGUCCAUAGAAAGGUGCAUCUACUUUGGAGAUUCCUGUCAGGAUGUACUGGGUGCUCUGGGCUCACCCCAUAAAGUCUUCUACAAGUCUGAGGACAAGAUGAAGAUCCACUCUCCGUCUCCACACAAGCAGGUUCCUUCCAAAUGUAACGACUACUACUUCAACUACUUCACCCUCGGAGUGGAUAUCCUGUUUGACUCUACAAAUCACCUGGUUAAGAAGUUUGUCCUUCAUACCAACUUCCCCGGACAUUACAACUUCAAUAUCUAUCAUCGAUGUGACUUUAAGAUUCCUCUAGUCAUUAAGAAAGGAGCUGAUCCCCAGACAGAGGACUGCACCUUAACCACCUACAACAAGUGGGACCAGAUUCAGGAACUGCUCGGCCACCCAAUGGAAAAACCGGUAGUGCUCCACAGGUCCUCAUCUGCUAAUAACACCAACCCCUUCGGCUCUACAUUCUGCUUCGGACUGCAGAGGAUGAUCUUUGAGGUGAUGCAGAAUAACCACAUAGCAUCGGUGACCCUCUACGGCGCUCCACGGAGUGCUACUAAAGCCCGACCUGAGGCCAGUAGUAGUUCCCACUGAACAAGAAACCAGAACCACAUCCCAUUCUGGCCUGUCCUGAAAUCUAUUACCUCUGCUGACUGAACCUCUAACCCAGAGCCAGAUUCUUAACCAAGCAGACCUAACCCAGAACAACAAAGCAUUUCAUACCCAGCUCAGAUGUUACUCAUUGAACGGAAACGCAACCAGAACCUAGAACGUCUAAAAUCCUGGAGGGUCCUACUUUCUCUUCCAAUCAGACACAUCCAGUCGGCACAGUCUACUCAACCCAGACUAUUUAGGAUCUAGCUGCAUGGUCGCAGUGCUGGACCACUGAUGCAUUGAAAUGAAACUGAUGAAAAUAUGUCUUGGUUUGAAUAUGCCUGUGGUGCUGCAAACUGGUGAAGAAAUCCUGUUUCCAUCCAGCGACUGAGUUUGCCCAGGACCGCAGAAGAAGAGUUUAUACCGACUGAAAAUUGGAUGGCAUGCAAAGGGCAGCCUGUUGACAUAACCUCCAUAACAUUGUGGCGAGAUGACCUGCAUUUAAUUAUCAUCUGCAACAAAUCUCUAUGGAAACUGCUGUGGCCAAAGUCUUGAAACAAACUCGUGCUUGACCCACUAAACAAACAUCAACACUGCCAGCUUUAUUGAGUACCGCCUGUCUUCCUCCCGAGACUUCACAACCAGGCUUGGCUCCAACCCUUAACGCAUUUAAAACCAGAAGAAACAGAGACAUCAGCCAAUUGCAUCGGAAGCUGCAGAUCACUGUUACCAAAAAACUGGAGGAAAAAAAAGCAACCAUGAAAAGAGAGGAAGAGGAGAACCAAACACACUCAGGGGUGUGGAGAGACAUGUGGCCCAGAACACGCCCACAACAGAUGUGAAGCCUCUCGAAGCAGAACCAUCCUAACAUCAGCGCCAACGGCUCCCUAGUCCACUUUCCUACACACUCUUCCUCCAGCUGUAUUCAGUGGUGCCCGCACACACACAAACAGACACACACACUGGCUUGUCUCCUUGCUCAAACACUCACAUGAAUGGGCCACUUGCAUGUGUAACGCUGGUUGUUUUUUUCAAGUUGACAUUUCAACACACAUCAUUUCAGUCCCCUCACCACUAUACGUGUGCACUCCUAACACAUAAAAGCUGGUUUAUCUUUUAUAGCCUUUUGACCGCAAGACAAACACGGAGACGUGCAGGCAUGGCACGAGGAUUUGCAUGAACUUGCUUUUGAACGAGAGGAAACUUAUUAUAAGCACAACUGGCACCCCGUUUGUUGAGUUUCUAUGAUCCUGCAUGUUGUUAGGGGUAAAGACAGAGAUAUCUCUCCCCGCCACGCUUCACUCGUUCACACCACAACCAUUUUCCUUUUUUACAUUUGCACUACCACACACUGUAUUACUUGAUUGGUUGAUUGGGCCCUAUCCUCAUUGACGGUUGGUGGAGACAUUUGGAGAGAUAGCGGUGUGUGUGUGUGUGUGUGUGUUUAUUUCUGCACAAGAUCCGUCCUCUCAUUUACUUUGUGUUACUUUCCUCCCUGUUACUUCAUUUCGACAUCCUCACACUGCAAUUCAUCCCUCAGCAAUUAUUUCUUUGUUGAAUUGCCAAAUGCUACAGCCAAAGAAGUUUCAGGAAGAUUUCAAUUGCUGACAUUUUCACUGUAGUCCUCGUCCUAAGGGGAGAGACACGUGUUGGCAGUCUCCUUUCUCUUGUGUCAAAACUGCACAUCAAAGUCUAAAUUAAUUUCCUGGUAUCAGUGACAAUAAUUACAAGGUAUGUAAAAAGCUGACUUGUGUAUGUGUGUACUCGGAGACCAAUCAGUCUGUCUUUCAUCUGGAUUUGGUUACACAGACACAUUAACAAUACUAGCAACUAAAACUUGGGUAUUGUUGUAAUUGUUGUCAGAGCUGUACUUUAAAGAUCAACCUUUAUUUCUCUGGGAAUUCACUACGUUGGAACCCAUAGAGGAAAUGGGAAAGAACACAAGUCAUUCCGUCAUCAUAACAUUUGUUUCCCUCCCAAUGUCUGAAUUCAAAAUGUUUUUUUAAUCAUAAGCAUUUGGAAUAAACUGUGUAUUAGUUUGAAUACACAUAUUCUCUGUUUUUCUUGUCCAUUCAUACAAAAGCAAUUUAGUUUAUUUCCACUAUUGCUGAAUUUAUUAUUGCUUGUAUUGACAUGUGUGAAGGCAUUAGAGCCCCUGUACAUGAAGACAUGUUGCAGAUGGGAGAAUAAAAUGCAGUCGGCUGCUUGGAGGUGUUAUAUAGUAUUUUAUCAGAGCGAGUCACAUUUAUUUUGUCAGUAUGUCAUGGGGUACAUGGAGAAGCUUGGAGAUUUAACAUUCAAACUGGCUCCACUGUGGUGUUUUGUUUCAUAUUCAUUACUCUUCUACAUGUCUGAACUUCUGUAUUGUUAUGAUAGGAUCUAAAGGUUUUACCAUUUGUAGCCUUUAUUUACAGUAGGCUACCUUGUUUGUGGGUCUCUGGAUAGAUUUCCUGUGAGUUUUCUUUCUGUAUGAAUGACCAUGAGAAAUAGAAGUAGAAUAAAUGAAUUCAUGUGCAGUGUAAUUCCAGUUAUUCAGGCUGUUUUAUUUUCUGUAUCCUGGCCCUGGUUAUUGGAGUUGAUGUACAAAUGCUGUAAAUACUUGUGUGCUGUUAUUCCAGUGUCCUGUUAUUUACAUGACCUAAAUGGCUACUUGGCAUACACACAACUGACUCUGACAGGCACUGGCUGAGUGCUUUAUUUUCCCCCUGUCAUUCUGAUUAGACUUUAACUCAGUAGGAUACAUCUGCUCAUGGCUGACUCAUUGACACUGAGAUUUUUAUUUUUUAAUUCCUGACAUUGAACAUUUUCCUGGUACGAUGCUAAGUUGGCACGUACACAGAUUUCAUGUCCAUGUUGGAUCCACCUGGAUGGCAUAAAACUAAAUGUUUGCAGGGAAAACAAUUAUCCUUUUUUACAUUUGGACUAGAUUAUAGCUUCGUAUGAGAUGUCUUUGUAUAGUGGACAGAUCUGAUUUGGAAUCUAGCAUUGGCAUGUUGCUAGAGUUAAAGUGUACUUGUUUACACUAGAAAAACAAACAUCUCUUGCUAUAGCCAGACCCCCUUCCUAAAUUAGGUAUUGUGGUUGUGGAAGCAGGAGACUCUGUUUCUAAAACUGGUAUCACAAGCUAGGGUAAUGUUUCAGGACAAAUGGUAACACAAACUAGUUUUCUCAAAAAGCUCCCAAAUUUAGAUUGUCAUAGAGCAAUGGCUGUCCAGCAGUGUCUGACGAACCUUGACAUUUCCUUUUUCUGUCCUAGUUCAUCUAUAGUCAUGGAUAGAACAUCAUGUGUAUAUAAUUAUGGUGAUACAACUUGCUUUUGUGCAAAUACACAAAGAAAAUCAAGAAAAACACAAAACUGUUGAACAUUGUGCCUCAUCUCCCACCGAGCCUGUCUUUGACUUAUGUCUCUAUCUCCUUUGUACAGAUCAUGUUGUACAUACAGUUUAAGUAUGCAUUUGAGCUGCAUCUUUGUACGUAUGUGUGCGUGUCACUGAGCAUUAGCAACAUGCUGACAUGCUAUUAUGGCCGUCUGUUGUUUUAGUUUACCUGUUAGAGAGUGAAAUGUUGGGUUGGUUGGAUGGGAUUUUGAGUUAUUUUUGUUGUUGUUUUUUUGACCAAGGUUUUUGUUGUGUUUUUUUAUGUGGUAUGUGUGUUUAUAAUUACACCUGUACCCAGAAUAAUGUGAAAACGUUUUGAACCCCUGAAUGUUCAUCUUAGGUACUCUGGAAUACAUGAUUUGAGCAACACAUUUCUGCAAGGAAAACAGGAUUUUAAUUAGAAACAUUCCUUGUCUUCCACCAUAUAUUGGUCUUUGCUCAAAAAAUUGCAGAGCUAAUUUGAGUUUAGGAAAGUGAUUGCUUCUAAGAUGAUAUAAAACUACUUCAAAGAAGGGGCAGGCAUGAAUGAAACAAGAAUAUCCUGAGGGGAAACGUACAUGUUUUGAGUAAACUUUGCUCAGCACAAAAAUAUAGAAUCCACUUAUACAAGACAAAUCUCCUACAUCGUGCAUUUUUGGUUAACCCAGUGAUGUGAGCUGCAUCGUUGCCGAGAGGAGCUAUAGGGAGGGUGCUAGGUAAUGAAUCUCAUCACAAACUCAGGUGGUCAUCGCAUUCUUGUUUUUCUAAAUGUUUUAAGAUAGAAAAACAAGUGGAAACUUGAAACUGGAGGUCUGUGUGGCUUUAAAAGUACACAUUUUUCGCUCUUUAUUCUUUAUUUGUUUUGCAGGAAUGAAUGAUUGUUAAACUUUGUAUUGCACAGCUUCAGUUCAGUGUAAUGAUAAUCUCAUAUAACGCUUUGUGUUGCCUGUUCUUGGUGUCAGAUGUUUGCUUGUCCAUCUUGCUUUUUUCUCAUGACAAUAUUUUUUGUUGAUUCAGUGAAUUUGAAGCCCAUUUCUGGAAACGGGUCAGCUAAUUAAACUUUGUGAAACUCAUUGGAAUGUGGCGUUUUAUAUUUUGAAUACUAUAGCUUAAGUAGGUAGAAACAAGAUGAUUUAUUUAGCAUGUCCUCUGAUAAAAGGCAAUAACAAUACCAUGUAGUGCAAACGGAAGGAUAAGGCUGACUGAAAGCUUCUCCUAAGCAAAUUACUUUGUACUGCGUUUGAUGGCGUUAGUUGAGAUAAGAUAAAAUAAGAUGAACCUUUGUUAACCCCUUGUUAAAGGGGAAAUUCAGUUGAGAUUACUGCUGCGCAAUCUCAACAACUCUAAUGCAACAAUGCAACGUUUAAAAAACAAAUACUCACAAUUCAUUGACAACAAAUUUCAUUUUCUGUGUGCAACCAGGAUAUGAAAAAAACAAUAAAAAUGUGGAUGUGAAAAGUGA